AUGUCUAAUGCGCUUUUCAUCGACAACGCCCGCGUCCAAGCCUUUCUCAGAGGCCCCGAAAGCACCAUGACCACGGAAGGGUUGGUGUACUUCAGGAAUCUGAGGCACGCCCAACGGUGGACCCGCCACAAGCAAGAGAAUGCAUCGUUUGACCUGACAGCCGAAGGGACUGGCCGCGACGCGUUUGUGAGAAUCACGAAGACCCGCAGGUACUACGAACAGCGGCAAGCGACAGCUGAGAGGUAUAAGUCUGAAAAAGAGAAGCUGUUAGCGAAACGCUUUACAGACCCCACUCUUACCGUGAGCCGAAAGCGCCCCAGAGAAGAAGACAGCGAAGACGCCGAAGAAAUCGAAGACGUGGUAAUGGAAUAG